AUGACAACGAACGCCAGUUAUUCAGAUGCACGAGGAGAUUUUCGUUGUGGUUUAUGUCGACAAAAAGGUGCCUUUCAUUGUGAACAUGAUACACCAUAUCGUGAUAUAUAUUUGGGUACAUUUGAUCCAAAUUUGUUAAGAAAUAUUUCUAUCAAUGCUGAAAAACCUAAGAAUGGAACUCGAAUGCAUAAUAAUUUAACAAGUAAUAGUAUGCAUUCAAAUGCCGGUGCUCAAUAUCAACAAGGCAAACGAUUAAACAACACAUCACCACCUAAUAAAAAUACCAUGAAACAAACAGAACAAGAUAAAAAAUCAAAAUCAUGUACUAUUCUAUAG